GCUGGCGACGCGCCAAAUAUCGAUGUUCUAUCGUUUAAGAUUCCUUAGAAGACAGAGUCGCAAAAUGAAGAUCCUGUUCUGUCUGUUUGCGUUGUUCGCUGCCGUGCUGGCAAGGCCCCAGGGAAAUCUGCCCUUCUACGAGGAGGGAAUCCAGAUUGGUAGCCGUAUCGCGUUCCUGUCCCCGUACGAAACCGUCGUCGAUUCCGGCAUCAUCCCGCUAGUCAACAAGCUCGAAAACAUCGACUUUGCCCAAAACGUCGACCUGCAGCGAUUCCUCGUCGGACUGGACGGACAAGUUGCGUCCGGCGUUCAGCGCUCGGUCGACGAGGCCCUGGCCUAAAAAGUGCCCGCCAACAGCUCGCCAAAAUGACCCCCGGCAACGACCAACGGACCUGACCCGGAACCCUGGAAACCUUUCGGUGAAUACAGCAGCAAUGAAAAUACUGACAUCUUUUGUGGCCACAAAGUUGACUUCUUCCGACGAGCCCACCACCAACGACGCCGUUGAACGCCGUAACAUAACACCGCCGUCGGCGGAGGCGAUUCUUCACCUGGCAACCGUCACCGACCGCGUGACAGUGCUGCCAGCUGUUGGGGGAUCGCGUCCCAGCGGUGACAAUGCUGGUGGAUCGGACGGUUAUUCGGACGACGAGAGAAAUAGACGUGAACGUGAAUUUUCGAGGAGCGUCGCGCGGACGUUUGAAUUCUUCAAAGCUAGUGAAUCCUAAAUAGAAAUAAAUUUAUUUUAUUUAUUUGUGCUCUUAGCGUUUAGUGACAAUAAAGGAAUGUAAAAUGUAA